UGUACCUCUCUUCACCCGCCCCUCUUCCUCGUCGUGGUCACCUGUCUCCGCCGUCUCGCUUCUUUUCCUUAUACGGUCUACUCUCUCUUUGUUAUCUUUUCUUCCAGCUGUCUUUUCCUUCACUUAUUUCCAACUUAUUUGCAGUAUCGCUCACAAUAUACAGCUGCUGCAUUAGCUUUUUUCGCCGUUUCGAUCCUUCUCACUACUCUUUCAAGAAUGUCCGCCUUCGAGGAACUCGGCGUCUGCCCAGAAAUCAUCAAAGCUGUUGAGGAAGAUGACUGGCUUCUGCCUACGCCCAUCCAAGCGGAGUCUAUCCCCUUAAUUCUUGGAGGAGGAGAUGUCUGCGCAGCGGCAGAGACAGGCAGCGGCAAGACGGGCGCCUUCGGCCUCCCUGCGCUGCAGAUCGUCCACGAGAGUCUCCGCGCGGCGGCGCAGGCGGCCGUAGUCUCGAUGAAACCUAAUCAAGCGUCGCGCGGAUGUACGUUGGACGAGGCAGCGAGAGACUUGCAGAUCUGCCUCGGCGACGGCGAGAGAUGCAGCUGCGCGGAUUCGCGCGGCUGGCGAGGCGUCCGCGGCACCGCGCCUGUGCUGGCGGGCAAGUACAUGUACGAAGUCGAGAUCCUCAGCCCCGGCCUAGUUCGCGUCGGGUGGGGAACGCGCCUAGGAAAACUUGAAAUUGGCAAAGACGAAAACUCCUUCGGAUACGGCGGCACAGGAAAGAAAAGCUGGAAUGGACGCUUCGAGGACUACGGCGUCCAGUUCGGGGCAGGCGACGUUGUGGGAUGUCUCCUCGACCGGUCGAACCCAGACAGAGGAACUGUCUCCUUCGCAGUCAACGGGCGCUUGUUGGGCGAGGCCUUCGUCCUCCCUCCCGCCCUCCGCAACUCUGCGCUUCUCCCGGCCAUCUGCGGCAAAGACUUCGACGCGCGCUGUCGGUUCGCGAGACUCGAGUUCCCCGUGGAGGGAUUUGCUCCAGUCGCCAACUUGAAGGCAUGCGACGACGCUCGCUGCCUGGCAGGAGAGACACCCGGCAAAUCCAGUUCAGGAGUCCAGUGCCUGAUUUUGGAGCCCACGCGGGACCUCGCUCUCCAAACAUUCAACUGCUUAAAAAAAAUCGGGAGGUACUUGGAGGCUCCGUCCAUUCGCGUCGCUCUUUGCUGCGGCGGAGACGAGAGAGAACAGAGAGGAGAAAUGGCAAAGGGUCCACACAUUGUCGUCGGGACUUUGCAGAAGGUCAGCUCUUGCAUUCACCGAGGCGUCCUGUCUGUGAAGUCUUUGAAGCUUCUCAUUCUCGACGAGGCAGACGAACUUGUCAAGUUCGACGCACUCAGCGAAAUCCUCAAAAUAAAGAGAGCAGCGAGUGUGGGGACUUCGCGCCGCAUGCAAGUUUCUCUCUUCUCCGCCACGCUUCACACAGACGACGUACGCCGCGCGGUCGAGGCUCUGACAGAAAGACCUACUUGGGUCGACUUGAAAGGAAAAGUGACAAUCCCCGACACUGUCCAUGCCCUCAUCUGCCCCGUAUUUGCCCAUGAGGGGAUGCCGUUCAAGUCUGCGAGUUUGGGCCGCGUGGAACCCAAAACGGACGGCAUCCACGCCCCGUCGGCGACGCUACCUCGACAUAGUGAACAGUUUGCUUCCCAGAGAGUCAAAGAAAUCAAACCGCAUCUCGUCGUCGCCUUGGCAGAUGCAUUCAAGAUGGAAACUUGCCUCGUGUUUUGCCGGACGAACUUGGACUGCGACAACCUCGAACUCUUCCUGACCAGCUGUGGAGGCGGUCGCAAGUUCGUCGGAAAGGCAGAGUCAGGCAAGGAGAACCCCUACUCCUGCGUCGUCUUGGCGGGAAUGAGAAGUCAAGAGGAGAGAAAUCGAAACCUCGCGCAUUUCAAAGCUGGAGAUGUCCGCUUUCUCGUCUGCACGGACGUUGCAGCGCGCGGCAUUGACAUCCACGAAUUGCCGUUCUUGAUCAUGACGACUCUGCCAGACGACCCAGACCUUUUCUUUCACCGAGUGGGGCGCGUCGGACGCGCAGAUCGAAUGGGUCUGGCGAUUUGCCUGGCUGCGACCUCGCCGGAACAAAUGUGGUUUCACCGAUGUGCAAAUCGCGGUCAAGGGUGCCGCAACACACGCCUGGUGAAGGAGGGAGGCUGCACAAUCUGGUACGACGAAACGGCGUGCCUGAAAGCCAUCGAAGACCGCGUCGGCGGACCGCUUCCACGGAUGGACGCUGGCAAUUUCUCCUGUCCCGGGAUUGUGGACCCUCUGGGCGUCCUGGGAGACUCGGCAGGCGACAACAUUCGAAAAAGGCGGCCCGGCGCUUCGAGCGAGACGGGCGAAGGCGCGACGCGCCGCGACGCCGCAGGAGCGCCUGGUCCUGUGGUAUACGGCAAAGCGCGAAAUGAUCAAAACCUUCUUUCGACAAUGAAACAUCUGCAGGAAAUUUCGGGUGCGGUGAGCGAGCUGGAGAUUUUGGAGAGAGAAAUGCAGAAACAGUUUGUCACUCUCGCAGCUCGAGGCAUCUGAUCCGUUUUUUUCGUU